AUGGAAACGAUUAAUCCACAAGAAGAGGAGCAUCUAUACACUAAAUUUAGUGAUGAGAAACUUAAAAGUUUCAUUGAAAGACUAUUGAUGACUUACAGUACUCAAGAACAGGAAGAUUAUGACAAUCAGCCAUCCUCAAAUUUUCAAGAUGAUAAUUACCAAUUAUCACAGUUGGCGUUAGAAGCAAUUGAUGGAUUUCUAUUCGUCAUGUCACGAUCAGGCCAUAUAUUAUUCGUUUCUCCUAGUAUUGAGACAGUUCUUAAGUGUAAUAAGAUGGACGUUAUUGGAGGAAAUUUAUUCACCUAUGCUCAUCAUGAAGAUGUAAUCCAACUGCAAGAUCAAUUCCACAAUCACUCAACAGGUUGUCCUGCUAUUUCUGGUUCCUCAAUCGGUUCAGCAAUAUCAGGAAUGGUCAAACCUCAAUUUUUUUGCAAUCACUGCAACAGACAAAAAUUAUCGUUUGCAGUCAGAAUCUCUGAAAAUGUCGAUAGAACUUCUUUCUACAAAUUGCAAUGCUCGGGAUUUAUACAUUGCACUCAAGUGGCGGUUGAUAAAAUGCAGUCACUAAAUCAACGCAAUAACCAAUUUGGAGAUCACUAUAGCUUAUCCGCAUCUAGCCGACUAGCUAUGACUUCUUGCUUUCCACUUGCCUCACCAAAUCCAGCAUCUGGGUCUAAUAAUGUUGAGUUGGUGCGCGAUAUUUGGUUAACCGGUAUUGCAAGACUAGCUAGCAAAAGGAAAAGUUCAUCGCUUUGCGAUCUUCCCAAUGGCAAUGCAAGAAUGCUAUGCGAUGUUAACGGAAUUGUGCAGCAAAUUGAUCAACGAUUUACUGAUAUUACUGGGUAUGCAUUCCAUGAAAUGAUUGGUCAGCCAAUAUUUAACUAUAUUCAUGAGGAAGAUGUUUCAAUCUUGAAGGAAGCCCAAAAAUCAGCCAUUAAUGAAGGCCAUUGUCAUCAUGUGCUGUACCGACUGUUAACGAAAAGUGGCAGCUGUACAUGGCUAAAAUCCAAUAUUGGCGUCUCUCGGCAACAGAAUGGAGAAAUUGAUUACUUAAUAAGUGACAACGUUGCCAUUAGGAAAGCAGAAGAUAAAAUUCAAGCAUCUUCUGAGCCAGCUUACCAAAAUGAUACUUCUAAGGGUAGCCAUGGCAUAGGCAACUCGAACAGCCCUAUUUCGGAUCCCCUUUCGCCCAUAAUCACUACGGCAGGAAAUCCUUCACCAUCAAGGCAUAAUGAUAUCCAAUAUCAGCCGUCGCCUUUAGCCAAUGAGAGAUCUCCUACUGAAGAAAUGAUGGAUUUAACCACUGAUUUAGAUCAAGAAAUUGCUUAUUCCUAUCCAUCAACACAACACUCGGUAGCAUUGACGACAACAACGGGCAGCACUUGCCCAAUCAGUCAAUCUUCUAUGGAUACAUUUGAUUUUAACUCGACUUCAACAUCAGUAUCCAGUGAUAAUGUUACUUUUAGCUCAGUCAUGACUGCCAUGUCAAACCAAGAGCCUACCAUGUCUCAGCUUCAUGAUAUGGCAGCUUCUGUUAGUGCGCCGAAUGUCGAUAUCGAUCAGUCUUUCGCUAGUACAAGCUCUGAUGAUUAUAACGACCUAUUUUAUCCAGCGACCACUAGAAAUUACCCAUCUGCUCCUAUCAUUAAUCCAACAACAAGUACCUUAUCCAUGGAAGAACCAAUCUUUCAAUAUGGUCAUGGUUAUACAGCUAUACCCAGUUUUACACAAUAUACUAGUGAAGAUAGCCGAAAAAAUUACAACUGUUCUUACCCCAACCAACAAGAAUUAGUCAAUUGCUCUUACACGAUGCCAGAUACUUCAGCUACCAUGAACUUAAAAAGUUACUCCUCAAGUUCGACGCUGAUGAGUACCGAGGCCAAUUUAGCUCAACAAGCGCAACCUAAGCCGCUAUGCCAUAAACCAUCAGUUUCAGGUUAUGAAAAGCAAAACAGAUUGAAUAUGGGUAAGAAGAAAUCAACGGCAGGUCGUCGAAAUACAAGCAAACAGCGUCAAUGUAAAAUUCAAGCUAAAGCUGGAAAUAUCACACUGCUAUUAAAUGCCUUGAAUAAAAGACGUCGAUUAUCAGAAGGAGACAGGCAGAAAUUGAUGCAAAAAAUGGUCAUGUCUCGAUGGUUGAAAACUCAAAUUGAAUAUCAACGUCAAAAGCCAAAGGAUGGACCGUCUGAACUAGAAAAGUUAUUACAGACUUGUCCAAAACCUUCACCUUCGACAGAUCAUCAACAGAUUGACGAAAUUGCACAAUGCAAUUCGGAAGUGGCAGAAAAUAUAAAGGAGAAAAGCAAUCGAGUAAGGCGUUAUUCAGAGCCUUACUCUAGUCGUGAAAGUACAAUCGACGAAUGGGGUUACAUUGGCGAUCAAAAUGGAGACCGAUAUGCAGGAAUGAAUGCGCAGUCAUUUGAUGAUAUAUCCAUCAAUCGCUUUAUAGAAGCAAAUUACUCGAGUUAUGCAUCUAUUUCAAGUCCGUCUAAAUGUAGCAGUGCAAGUAGCAGUAGCCAUUUAUCACCUUCCUCGCCUUCCAAUAACGCCCUGACUAGCCUUAACAGUUAG